AUGGAAGACAAAGCAUAUGCUCUUUUGGAGAGCAGCGAAGAUUGCUUGCUACUCUGCACACAUACAUCACGGAAAGUAAGAAGGUCGAAAGAAUUUAAACUUGGCUGUUUAAAGAUCAGCUUGAGUAGGUCUCGAGGAAGAUCAUGCCAUCAUGAUGCAUCACUCCUAUCGGAAUAUGCUGUUACCGAUAGAGGAAUAAAGGCGAGGAAAAAAGAGACAACAGAAGAAAUUUUGGCCGUGCCGGAACCGACGAAUUGUUCAAUUGCUUUCGGGCCAUGGCUUCGAGUUGUAGGUGAAUCAUGA